AUGGUCAAAAUCGCAAUUGCAGGAGGAGCCGGCAAUGUCGGCCAAGAGGUAUUAGAUGCUCUCAUGGCCAGAAAAAAGCACGAGAUAAUCGUUCUGUCUCGAAAGGAUGCGCCAGAAAUAGAAAUCGCCGCUGGAGUGAAGUGGUUCAAAACGAAAUACGACAAUGUUGAAGAACUUACCAAGAUCCUAGAGGGCGUACAUACAGUUCUAUCUUUUAUGUCUGUCGCCCCUGGUGAUACAGCUGCUGGGCCGCAGGAAAAGUUGAUCGACGCGGCGGUCCGAGCGGGUGUGAAACGCUUUGCUCCCAGUGAAUGGGCUUCGUCUAAUCUGGAUUAUUUUCCCUGGUAUGACUUCAAGAGGUCAGCGCGUGAGUACCUUGCAGAGCUCAACAAGGACAAAAAGUUUGGACUCUUCACCAACUACAUGACCUACCCACAUAAGUCAUCCAAGCAUGUCAACCUUUUCGAAACGCCGGUCAACUUUCAUGGCUGCCGAGCCCUUCUUGUUGACGAUGGAGAAGCGGUAAUAACACUCACAACUGCCCAAGACGCAGCAAAAGUAACUGCUCUAGCCGUUGAAUACGAAGGAGAGUGGCCGGUCGUCAGUGGUGUGAAGGGUACAGACAUUACGAUGAAUGAACUUGUUGCUCUUGGCGAGAAGAUCCGAGGUCAAAAGUUCAAAGUCGAGUAUUUGAAGAGCGGGGACCUCGAAGCCGGUAUUGUCAAAGCUUCGUGGCUUCCACUACCCGAACACCCAUCAAUUCCGGUUGAGAUGCGCGAGAGGGUUGCUGCCGAUAUGAUCAAGUGCUUCCUUCUGGGAAUUAAGCAUGGAGCUCUGCGGGUUUCUGAAGAGUGGAACAAACUUUUGCCAGACUAUGAGUUUACCCAGCCUGAGGAGUUUCUCACCAAGGCAUGGACUGCCAUUGAUGGAGGAGCUAAGAGUGUCUUCACAGAAAAUUAG